GACGUGUGAGAUCAUUUUGUGCAUUGGUGCGGGCAGACUUGGGGAUAGCCUAGUCUGGUUUUUGCGAGGAGGCUACUUGGUAUAUAGCUGGUAGGCCCUUCUCGAACUUCUUCUGCUGGCUUUUUUGGGUGUGCGAUAUAAAGUUCUUAUUUGACUGGACUGGGUUCCUUCGAUCCUUGCCCUUCUUCUUGCACUUAGACAAGCAACAGAUUCCACCAUCACCAAUUGCGAUCAAAUGGCCUUCAGAACCUUCUUCGCGGCUUCGAGCCUGCUGCUCGCUUUGGCGUCCGCUGCGCCGCAAGGAGAUGGAAGCUGCACAAUCUGCAUCGACAAAGUGAACGAUUGUCAAAACAUGUACGGCGCAUGCUACGACUACUGCGUCGAGACGAAGAAAGAAUUCCUGGUUCCAGAAUGCAAUGGCUUCCCAGCAUACAAUGAGACCUGCGAAUACGGGCCGAACAACAAUGGGCCUUUGGCUGGCGAAUGCUAUCCUUCGAACACCACGACAGUUCCUGGUCCAGUGCAGGAUUGUAUGGUUUGCGUUGAUCGUGUGAAUGAAUGCGGACUGAAAUAUGGUGCAUGCUACGACUACUGCCAAAUGCCACAAUUCGAUCUCGGAAUUCCAGAAUGCAAUGGCGUGUCGGGCCAGAAAGUCUCCUGCCAGUUCAAGAAGAACAAGGAUGGAAAGUUGAUUGGUGGAUGUCAUCCUUCGAAUACGACGCAGCCUACUCCACCAGGCGAGACUUGCGACAUUUGCAUCGAUCGCGUGAAUGAUUGCGGACAGAUGUACGGUGGAUGCUACAACUUCUGCAAUGAGCCCCAAAAGACUUUUGAGGUUCCAGAGUGCAAUGGCCAGAAGAAGACGGAGAUUUGCGAGUACAUGUCGAAUGACUGCGGAAAGGUAUUCGGUGGAUGCUAUCCUCCUGAGGGACCGAUUCCUGGCUGGGCGGAGCCACCGUGUCCUUAGAUUGAACGCACGAGAGAGGAUGAGUGACAGCCAUGAUUAUGGAGCGAGCAAAGCUUGUUCGAGUUGAUUUCAACCCGAGCCUUCGUCUCUCUCAUAUCUUCCCUCCAUAUUUUUGCGCUUGGCAAUAUCCCAAUGCCUUGCAACUCAUUGCCGCGCUUGUGGAAUCACAACUCGCGAUCCAUUCGUUCCUCUCCUCGGAUCCACAGGUCUGCUUUAGAUCUCUCGGCUUCGGGUUCUUCCAGUUGGCCAGCAUAUUCGGAUCGGACCCCGUACCCGUAUAUAUAAGAAUAUCGUCCUCGCCAAGAGCACUGGACGCUGUCGUUGACAUCUUGCUUGAAGACUGUGUUGAAAUGCGAUUCCAUGUUUUCAACGAGCGUUCUUCUUGUGUGAAGCGGGCUUUGGUGAGGGCUUCGCCACGAGCUGUUGAUGUUGUGCUGAAGGCCGGGCCGGUGGCUUGCCGAGUGGCUUUCCAGAGGAGGUGCAUAUUUGGCAGUUUUCUUCUUCGAAGUUGCGAUCCAGUGUGUACUCUGUAUUGAUCUGCGAACGCCGUGUAGUUCCUGUCAAUGCGUAGUACUGCUGUAAAGGGAGUGAUCUGCGUGUGAGUUCAGGAGAAUGUUACACCAUAUGUUGAGAACUUU